AUGGAGAUUGACGAGGCCCCAUCUUCAUCAUCAGCAGUCGUAAAGUCUGACAAGAAAAGAUUUGAGGUGAAGAAAUGGAACGCAGUUGCACUCUGGGCCUGGGACAUACUUGUUGAUAAUUGUGCAAUCUGCCGUAACCAUAUCAUGGAUUUGUGCAUCGAAUGUCAGGCUAAUCAAGCAAGUCACACCAGUGAUGAGUGUACAGCAGCUUGGGGUGUGUGUAAUCAUGCGUUCCACUUCCACUGUAUCUCACGGUGGUUGAAGACCCGACAGGUGUGUCCUCUAGACAACAGGGACUGGGAGUUUCAGAAAUACGGCCGAUAG